CUGAGAUAAAGAGGGGUUGAACAAGCUUAACAGUGUAAAGAUAAGUAUAUUAAUCGAGAUGUGUCUUGAAAAACCAGAAAAUAUAACCACCCAGACAUUUAAGAUUAACAAAGUCUUGAUUUCUGUCACACAAAAUUCAAGCCUCUAUAUUAUUACUCAGUCAAAAUUUAUGUCUUUCUAAAGGUUAUGACAGAGAAUUCUGAGUAACAACCAUGGGCGAGAAAAUUCACAAGCUUCGCGUUGUGGUUUGGGGCGAAGCUCCAGACACUGCGGAGGAACGAAAGCUUUUGCGAAAAGUCGACUUUUUCAUUCUGACUUACUGCUGCAUUGCUUUUUUCUUCAAUUACCUGGACCGUGCCGUUCUGGCUAAUGCCUAUGUCUCUGGAAUGAAAGAAGAUACAAACUUGACAGGAAAUCAAUACAAUCUCUUGGUGACUUGUCUUUCAGUUGGUUAUAUUGUCGGACAGGUCCCACACGCACUUGUGAUCCAAAAAGUACCUCCUCGUAUCUGGUUUCCGUUGAUGACACUGGUAUGGGCCCUUUUGACUAUGGUAUGCGCAGCUUGCCACUCCUUUUCCCAACUAGCAGCAGUCCGGUUCUUCCAAGGAAUGGCAGAGGCAUCUACAUACAGCGGUACACAGUAUAUCAUUGGAAGCUGGUACAAGGGCAACGAGGCCGGAAAAAGAAUAGGACUUUUCCAGGCUUCAGGGAUGGUUGGAACCAUGUUUUCUGGUGUUCUAAUGACGGCAAUCUGGAGCACCAUGGAUGGGUUAUCAGGUUUGCCUGGCUGGAGAUGGUCCUUUAUCAUUGACGGCAUAGUCACUGUUCCUGUAGCUGUCUUUGGGUUUGUUUUCUUUCCCGAUCUUCCUGAAUCAACCAAAGCAUUCUAUCUGAACGCACAUGAGCGCGAGCUUGCCGUAAGCCGUUUGCCACCGAAAAAUCCGAAUGGCCACAAUAUUGGAUUUUCGCUGGUAAAAAGGGUUCUUUUCACUUUCAACUUCUGGAUAUUUACUAUGUUUUGGGUACUCGGAGGAGCAUUGGAAGCAUUUACUACGCAAACAUGCAUGGUACUUUGGAUGAAGGCAUCUAAAUUGUUCACUGUUCCGCAAAACAAUACUUAUCCCCUCGGGAUUACUGCGAUUGGAAUUGUUCUGACACUUUUUACAUCUGUUGCAAUUGAUGCUACGGGAGCCCAUGCACCGUAUGGAUUUUUUGCCUGUGGCGUUCAAAUAAUUGCAUGCAUUAUCCUUCUUUGCUGGGAUUCUGUGGGUGUCGGUGCGAAAAUGGGAGCUUUUUAUCUUGCGGGAACUGCCUACAUGAUCCAGCCCGUCGUUUUCGUUUGGGCAAACAAGAUCUUGUCGUACGAUGGAGAUGAUGCGGCUCGAGCAAUUAUUCUUUACUCGAUGAAUGGUGCCUCUUCGGUUCUUUUUGCGUUCUGGGGAAUUGUCCUUUAUCCCACCACCGACGCAGCUACUGGAUUUCGAAAGGGAACUAUAGCUAUGAUCGUCGUCACAAUUUGUCUUGCUAUGUGGAUUUGCAUUGUAUGGUGGCAAGACAAAAGAACACAGCCGAUACAGAUGACCCAAGGGAUCCUCAAGACUAAAUCCAUUGAGGAGGAGGUCGAAAUGGAUACAAAGCAAAAGGCCGAUCAGGAAGUCUAAUAUCUUUACAGUCCAAUAUCUUCACAUUAAUUUACGUUAGUUUCUACAAAGUAAUUCAGAAAUUGUCCAAAGACAAUGGUUAUGUGUACAGCAGUCUUCAGGUCGAAUUAUUCCAGUUACAAUCAUAUGUCUCCGUCGUUACAAAACUUUACCAAAACUUUGGCAAAACUUUGGCUCCAUGAUUCAGUAAAACUAGGUGGAUGUAUCGGCAUGAGCCGCCUCGCCGGU